AUGGGAGCAGAAAAUCCAAUAGAGGGGGAGGAGAUAAGGAAAGAAUUCCUUCGGUAUGGCAAUGUUUCGGACGUGUACUACCAAGGAAGAAAGGGGAAGAACGGACAAUUCUAUCUUUUUAUUAGAUUUCUAGAUGUGGAGGAUAAACUUGCAUUAGAAAAUAAAAUUGAUGGCGUAACACACAGAGGGAGAAGACUCUCGAUCAAUCUCGAAAAGCAUCCUCGAGGAACUAUGGCCUCGAAAACCAGUAAUAAUAGAAGAGAACAAGGAGUAUCCAACGAGAAUCAAACUCAGAAUUUUCGGGAUGCCAGAAUGUUUGCGGAGGUCGCUCGCCAUAGAACGCUGCAUCAUCACCAUGAUCAGGUUUCAUCUCCCCUUCCCCCCUCUCAUAUAAUUACCAUAUCACCUGAUACAGAAACAAGCCAUAGACUUCGAAAGAUAUCAGUUGUGGGGGAAGCAAUAUCCCUUGACCAUCUUGGCCAUAUGAGAUCUCUAAUGCAUCUAAAGGAGACACCAAGCUUCAAGAUUAAGUAUAUUGGGGGACUCAAGAUCCUCCUUGUAUUCAAAGACUCCACUGAGGCCAAGGAAUUCAUGGAAAACAGGAGAAGAUGGGAGGACUACAUGAAAUGGGUGAAGCCUAGGGAACAUGAAUGCACGAUGAAAUAUGAGCGUAUUGCAUGGAUUAGGAUUACUUGGCUACCUUUACAGUACUGGGGGGAAAAAAACUUUUCUGCCAUCGCUACCCAAUAUGGUGUAAUCAUCGCCCCAUACGAUGAUCUCCCAAAUCGUGUGGAUAUGUCCCAUUUUGAUCCAAUAUCUAACCCAUACGUGGAGGAUUCAAAUACAGUAACAGAUUCUGAUGAAGACAUGGAUUCAGAUGACGAAAUUUCUGAUACUUGGAUUCUGGGAAAUAACAAUGAUCUUGAAGAAGGAGAGAUCGAGAUGGAAAAUACCGAUGAUCAAACCAAUGGUGGCGAUGCCUACGAAAUCCCUCCAUGUGAAGAAUACGAACAGCCUCAUGGGGAAUUAACUCCAAUUAAAUGCAACAGUAAAUACGCAAGAGUGGCUGUCAACAAUAAUAGUCAAAGGGAGGAAUUAGGUCAAAUGGAUGAAAGGAGAAAAAAUGGUGAUAAUGGGCUCCCACGAAUCACUGAGCCCAUUGGGCUCCUUCAUAAUGGAUGCUUUGGUCCUUUCUCAUCCAAUUGGAUCGACAAUUUGGGAAACCUGCAAUUUAAUUCUCUCCCCCAAUUCAACAUCGGAGGAUCCACUCUUAAAAGACAUAGAACAGAUGGUGACACCUCUCGAUUCUCCGUAAAUAACAUACGCCCUAUGGCUGAUCUUGAAUCGGAGACUAAUUAUGAAACAUUCGUGCCCCCCGUGCCCCCUCCCAAUGAGAAUGCUGCUCCGAUGGGUGACAAUGAAGCUAGAACCUCGAUUGAUCUUAAUCGGGGGCUCAUGGAAAACUCACAGAUCGAAUCUGACCAGGAACCUAGCGACUGCGUCUCCUCUUCGCUUGAAGCAGAAAAAACAACCAUUAUUGGUAAGCAAUUGGGGUUCGACAUAGAGAUGGACAAUCCUAUAUUAGCAGAAGUAUUGGGUGAUGUGGGAGCUAACACAGUACACUAA